AUGAAGAUGCUCGCGCUCGCCUUCGCCGCUGCCAGCGCCUUCGCCCCGUCCUGCCAGGAGGCGGCAAUUUCGGAGGGGAACUGCGCGAGCGGGCUUCGCAUGCGCUGCCCGGCUGCGCUGCCUCCGGCCAAAGCGAUCCCAGGCGUGCCGCUACUCGUGGAGGAUCUCUCGGACAGAGUGCAUGAGGGCGACGGGCUCCCCACCUACGCCGUAAGUGUGCUCUACCACGAGUGGCCGGGGCACGUGCGUUCGCCCAUCAAGCAGUACGACCAGAGUGGCAUGCUGUGCGUGAAGCGGGGCCAGAUUCGGCUCGUGCUGCAAGGCGCAGCUGGCAAGUUAGCGAAAACUGGCGAGUGCCUCUUGCUGCCGCAGGAGCCUCUGAGCGUGGUCAGCUCAGACUCGCCCGCUCAGUUCUUCCUCUACACCGCCAGCCCGGGCUACCUGGAGGUGGACGGGAGAAUCUGCGAGCCUUCGUCACAGUGGAGUCUCGGCAUCGUCGGAUGCCCCACAUGCUCCGAAGUUCACGAGCAGCAAUGCAAGACGUAUGCAACGUGCGCAGGGCACUCGAACGCCACCGUUUCCCCUGAUUCGUGUGAGUACGAGUGCGUAAUCAACGGCGAGCCGGCGCCCACAGUGCAGUGGCUCGUGCCGACAACCGCCCGCUCGGACAAUGCUGGCAAGGUCGUUGCAAUGGAGCCCUCGUAUCCUGUGCAGGGCGGUCACUCGGGGGACAUGCUCGACUUCUACGCCGUCUUGGGAUCCGGUCGCAAUACCCUCCCGGGCGACAACCACCGCCUCUACGCGGAGAGGACGACCCGCAUUCCUUUCACGCGCGCGCUCGUGCACACCCACGACUGGACGGGUGUUACUUGCGUGCAGCAGGGAGAGAUGACGCUUCUGCUCGACAUGGUGGAGCCGGUGACAGUGCGCGAGAGCGGAUGCUACUGGAUGCCUGCAGGACGCUAUAUGACGGGGAUGAACACCGGGAACGUCACGGCACUAAUGUGGGACAUGAGGCGCUACACCACGAUCGAUUUGCUACCUAUCGAUUCUCGCGCCGCUUCGAAGGAUGCGGAAGAAGACGACAUUUGCCGUGCGGAAGGCGGCGUGCUCGUCGACGGGGCGACCGUCCGCCCGCUCUCCCCCAAGGAGCGCUUCAACCAGAGCGCUUCGCUUGUGCGCCGCAUCAAGGAGAUUUGCGAUCUCACCGCCGGCACGCUUGAGCCCUUACUGGCGCCAUACCCCGCGUGCGAGUGCAUCGGGCAAUUCGACGAGACGGGAAGUGUGGAGUGGGCGCUCUGA